AUGGCUGUUGGCUGGUACCGUGUCGUUGGAUUAUCGGGCACCCAGAUAUUGAAUGUUCAGCCACCAGCUAUGGGUUAUUGUGGAACAACCUAUCCAGUAUACUAUUCUGGUACACUGCCCACAUAUUAUGGGCAAAUAGUCUCCGGAACUGCUUGUUUUUAUGAUGGUAGUACUUAUCCUUGUUACUUUGCAACAACAAUGAGCAUAACGAAUGGUGGUACUUAUAAUGUUUAUUAUUUACCACUAGCACCAGGCUGUAAUACCUAUGUUAUACGUUACUGUACAGAGUGA